UGGCAACAACAAUACAAUAGGUGUGUCAGCGGCGCAUCCGUUCUCAGUAUUAUAUAAAACAGCGCGGUUAAUAGUAACGCCAUACAGAUCCAACACUGCAACCGAUAUGAAGCGAUUCUGUGCACUCAUUCUGACUGCUGCUCUGUUGCUGAACGAGUGGUGUGUGGUUAACUCUAUUCCACGGGGUAAUGGGACAUCAACAACGGCAAGCCAGCUCUCGGACAUUUUAAAGAAGAUUGUGUCUCACUGUACCACCGAGCAAACCAACAGUAAGAACUCUGAUCUUGAUAUUGUCUUCGUAUUGGACAGCAGUUCGAGCAUUUAUGAUACUGAGUUUAAGGUGCAGAAAUAUGCAACAAAGAUGAUUGCUGAAUUCAUCGAUAGGCAUUGUCCUAUUGCCCCCGAUGGAACCCGGGUUGGUGCAUUGACGUUUGCCACUGAUGUGGAGAGAGAGUUCGAGCUGAAUGAACACACUGAUUUGGCCACCGUUAAAGCUUACAUUGACGCGAUUGACAAUAGAAAGGGAGCUACGAACAUAAAACUGGCUUUAGAGACUGCGCAGCUCAUGUUUGAAGAUUUUUUCUUGGAAGAAAACUCGAAGCUAAUAUGGCUACUUACUGACACGAUGUCUAACCUGGGCGAUCCGCGACCAAGAGCAACAAGUAUUAAAAAACAAGGAUGGACAAUCUGCGUGGUUUCUAUUGGUAGCCAUGGGGAUGUAUAUGGAAUUGACGACAUAGCAUCUCCUGGAUGUGUUGUCAAAUUUGGAAGUUUUACAGAGUACGCCAAAGUCGCAAGAAAGGCUCAGGGCCAAGACCAAACUGAUAUUUAUGGUUAAUUCUUCCUGUUUUUUGGACUCGCAUACCAUCUAUGUAAGAGAUCCGUUCAACACAAGACAUUGUUUGCGCAUUAUAU